AUGCCAUCAGAUCUCUUGUGUUGUGAGGUUGUGUCGGGUAACCUUCGGGGAAGGUUAGGCCGCCAGAUCUCUUUUGUGUGUGAGGUUGUGUUGGGUAACCUUCGGGGAAGGAUAUGCCAACAGAUCUCUUUUCUGUGUAAGAUUGUGAUGGGUGACCUUCGGGGAAGGUUAUGCCGUCAGAUCUUGUUACAUGGCUAUGCCGCUAAACCUCGAGUGCAUACUAACAUGGUGGUGCGUGAGGCCCAUAUGUUGAGUAUGACUCCGAUGUGGAAAGAUCACGGACGGCUGAGCCGCCAGAUCUUUCGAGGUUCUUGUGGGUACUCUUCCGAGGCAAGGGAAGCUCUGCCGCAGAACCGGUGGUGUAGUCAAGCGCAUUCUCGCACGUCAGAGCCCAACCGGAUUGGCAGCGUGGAGGCUGUGCAUGAAGGGAGGAAGACUCGGAGGAUAACCUGUGCAAUAAAAGUAAAGAAAGCAGUGAAGUGUCAGCUCGACCAAGAGCUCGAGUCGAGUAGAGCAAAGUACCAGCUCGAUCGAGUUUAG